UUUACCUGAUGUAGACCAAUAUAAAACCUAACCCUAAAAUCUCCCAUCUUCUUCUCCAUCUUUGUGGCCGCCUCUCCUUCCACACACAAGCACACACAUACUUGCACAGAGAUUUCCUCUCUUACCUUGUUCAAUAAGAAAAAAUGGGUCGUGUCCGUACAAAAACAGUGAAGAAAUCAUCACGACAAGUGAUAGAACGGUACUAUUCAAAGAUGACACUCGAUUUUCACACAAACAAGAAAAUCUUGGAAGAAGUAGCAAUAAUCCCAUCAAAGCGUCUUCGUAACAAGAUUGCUGGGUUUUCCACCCAUUUGAUGAAACGGAUCCAGAAGGGUCCGGUCAGAGGUAUUUCGCUGAAACUUCAAGAGGAAGAGAGAGAGCGCCGCAUGGACUUUGUGCCUGAAGUUUCAGCCAUCAAAACUGAUCAGAUCGAGGUUGAUAAGGAGACUAUUGACAUGCUUGCUGCUCUUGGUAUGGGUGAUAUGCCUGGCCUCGUUCAGGUGGACCCUGUUGCUGCUGUGCCCGUCGCCCAGUUUGGGUUUGGUAGAGGUGCCGGUGGACUUGGCAGGAGGUUUUGAAUGAGUUUAGGACUUCUAUUCUGAUUGGUGAAAAAUCCUCUUAUCCAGGAGAAAGGACAUCCUCCACUUGCAGGUUCUUUUGGAAAAUUCCAUGUCUUUAUGUUUGUGUAAAACACCUUCUUUUUAGUUAGUUUUAAUUCUCAAAUUGAACAAUUGCUACUGGUAAUAAAUCUAAGGAACUGAGUGCCGUUCUAAAUUAA